GCUCACGACCGAGACAGGCGUAGCUCCCGAGUCUCUGGCGACCAUGGGCCCGCGAAACCGCGAACGUCGGGCAGGAGCAGUACAGAGCACCAAUGACAGCAGCGCCCUCAGCAAGAGCUCCCUGGCCGCGCGCGGGUAUGUGCAGGACGCCUUUGCCGGGCUGCUGGUUCGGGGGACUGCACGCCGUGCACCGCUCAUUCACCGGGGCUACUACGUCCGCGCGUGCGCCGUGCGGUAUUGCGUGCACGCCUUCCUGAUGCGCACGGCCACGACCUCCGACGCGCCUAGCGCCCAGAUUCUGUCUCUCGGUGCCGGGUCGGAUUCGCUGUAUUUUCGUCUCAAAACUGCUGGUCUUUUGGCCAGGGCUGCCGUGUGGGAAGUGGAUUUCCCAGAUGUGGCGCGGCACAAAGCCGAGCGGAUUGGAGAGACACCGGAGCUGUGCGCGUUAACAGGGCGCUUCCGGAUCGGCGGCCCCGGGUCAGCGCUGUGCUUUGAGAGCUCGGACUACUGCAUCCUGGGCUUGGACCUGCGGCACCUCCAGCGCUUGGACGAGGCCCUGGACGUCGCGGGCCUGGACGUCGCCUCACCUACCCUGCUCCUGGCCGAGGCGGUGCUCACCUACCUGGAGCCCAGUAGUGCCGCGGCCCUCAUUGCCUGGGCAGCCCAGCGUUUUCCUAAUGCCCUUUUCGCGAUCUACGAGCAAAUGAAGCCGCGAGACGCGUUUGGGCAGGUCAUGCUGCAACAUUUUCAGCAGCUGAAUUCUCCCCUGCAUGGCCUGGACCUCUUUCCCGACGUGGAGGCCCAGCGGUACCGCUUCCUUGAAGCUGGCUGGACGGCCUGCAGUGCCCUAGACAUGAAUGAAUUCUAUCGCUGUUUUCUCCCCGCAGAAGAACGCCGGCGGAUGGAAAAUCUCGAACCCUUUGAUGAGUUUGAGGAGUGGCACCUGAAGUGUGCCCACUAUUUUAUUCUGGCAGCGUCUAGGGGAGACACCCUAACCCAGACUCUGGUGUUUCCACCCUCGGAUUCAUUUUCUCGGGUAGAUCCUGCUUCACCGGCAGGGGUCUUCCUUGCCAGAGUAGUGCCUGGUGACAGUCAGGGCUCAAACCUUAAGCGAUAUGGCCACGCCUCUGUCCUCUUGAGCCCAGGCAUUAUUCUCAGUGCAGGAGGAUUUGGAGAGCAGGAAGGUCGGCACUGCCGGGUGAGCAAGUUUCAUUUGCUCUCCAGAUACUGUGGCUUGAAAUGGAAAGGCAGCCAAAUAUGCAGCGGGGGUACCGGAACUCAGUGGGAUGGACGCCUUUAUCACACCAUGACAAGACUCUCAGAUACUCAGGUUCUGGUUCUGGGAGGGAGACUAUCCCCAGUAAGUCCAGCUUCGGGGGCUCUCCAACUUCAUUUAUAUAAAAGGGAGGGUAAUUGCCCUGAGGACCUGAAUGUGACUGUAACAAAGAUUGGCUUCAAAGACGAUUCCAUUCUGUCGUGUUGGCGGCAUUCAACAACAGAAGUAUACUAUCAGAAUCAGAAAUACUUGUUUGUGUAUGGGGGUCGAGGUGUGGUGGAACCUGUACUAAGUGACCUGCAUUUCCUACAUGUAGGGACAAUGGCUUGGGUCAAUAUCCCGGUGGAAGGGGAAGCACCUGAAGCUCGACAUUCCCACAGUGCUUGCACUUGGCAAGGGGGAGCCCUUAUUGCUGGAGGUCUUGGGGCUUCUGAGGAGCCAUUGAACUCUGUGUUCUUUCUGAGACCAAUGUCUUGUGGAUUCCUCUGGGAACCAAUAGAUGUCCAGCCUCCCAUUACUCCAAGGUACUCCCACACAGCUCACGUACUCAAUGGAAAGCUUCUCCUGGUUGGAGGGGUCUGGAUUCAUUCCUCCUCAGUUCCUGGAGUGACUGUUAUCAAUUUAACUACAGGAUGGAGUUCUGAGUAUCAGAUUGACACAACGUGUGUGCCAUGGCCAUUAAUGUUACACAACCAUACCAGCAUCCUCCUUCCUGAAGAGCAGCAGCUAUUGCUCCUUGGAGGUGGUGGGAACUGCUUUUCCUUUGGCACUUAUUUCAAUCCUCAUACAGUGACAUUAGACCUUUCUUCCUCAAGUGCAGGGCAGUAAAGACUGGACUGGAUACUUUCAGGACACACUAAAGUAGACAAUAAAGGUUUCCACAAAUAGAACUUGAAUCUAGCUAUAAAUAUUGUCACGCCUCCCCCAUCCCUCUUUUUUUUGCCUUU